CAUCUAAUCAAAUUACUUUUCGCUUUUGCCUUUGCUUCUUUCUCCAAGAUAAAUGCCUGCAAAUAAAUCAAUGACCUUGCAUCAUAUAUCAUUUGUUCUUAGUUUUUGCAGAUAUUACUGUCUUUUUUUAUGCUAUACAUUGAUGGAUAACAACCCUAGUUCUUCAAGAACUUAUAAGAAAACCAUCGAGAGGAAUAGAAGAAAUCAAAUGAAGGCUCUCUACUCCAAGCUCAAUUCUCUUGUGCGCCAUCAAAGCUCCAGGGAAUCAGUGUCGCUGCCUGAUCAGCUAGAUGAGGCUGCAAACUAUAUUAAAAAGUUGCAGACGAACCUGGAGAAAAUGAAAGAAAAGAAGGACAGUUUAAUGGGAACUCAUGAAAGGCCGAAUGCAAGCAUGAGUAGUGGAACAGCAAUGCUGAUAAGAUCUCCACAAAUUGAGGUUCAUGAAGUGGGUUCUGCUUUAGAUGUUAGUUUGAUAACUGGGUUGGAUAGUCAGUUGAUGUUCAAUGAGGCUAUUCGUGUUCUUCAUGAAGAAGGGGCGGAGAUUGUUAAUGCCAGUUUUGCUGUUGUAGAUGAUACUGUUUUCCACACAAUACAUUCCAAGUCUCCCUGAAUUCUUGCAGGUUGAAGAUUCUGCCCCUAGUUGUGCAGCUGCUAGGAUUUCUGAGAGGUUAAAGAAGUUUGUUCAAGAUGCAAAUUCAUUUUGAUGUCUGCAGCUUUAAUGGAGAAAAUGCCAUGAAAAUUGACUAGUAUGUUUUUUUAUAUAUGUUUCCUUGAAGACUAAGGGACUUCAAAAACGUUCAGGUCAAUACAGAUCUAUUGUUAAUAAUUACUUUUAACACUUCCCAUGUAUCAUUGUAACGAAUCAUACAUUCAUACUAGAACUAAGCAAUAUUACACUUUGGAAGCCGUUA